AUGAAGGAAAUUCGCACUCAGAUCGAGAAAAACAAGUCUGGCUUUGUGACUCUGAAGGCGGAAAAUGAAGAGGACAUGUGGCAUGCCUAUAACUUAGUCACCGUGGGUGAUGAAGUCACAUCCAUUGCCGUGCAGAAGAUGGUAGACGAAACAAAUUCAGCAACUGGUUCCGAGGAUUCACAUCAAGUCAAAUUGAACUUGACGAUAGAAGUGAAGAAGGUGAACUAUUCGGGGGUUGAGAUCCCCUCGUCGGGUGACUGGAACAAGAAGGGGCCUUCUUUAGCCAAUCAGCCAACCAGGACCUCUUUGUCGGGUGGCACCUCGUUACAUCUCUCCGGCCCAAUCUCCAAGCGGAACGAACAUGUCAACCUGGGCACGUUCCACACCCUCGAGCUCGAGCACCAGUGCGAAUUUACAAUCAUCAAGGGCCCAGAUGGGUGGGACUCAGUGCAUGUCCAACGUCUUGCCGACGCCACCAACACCUCCAAAUCUGCUGAGGUGGCGGCCAUCCUUGCUGACGAUACCGGGCGAGCAACUGUGUGCUUGAUCGGAACGCAUACCAGCCUCAUCAAACAACGCAUCGAAGUCCCUCUCUCCAAAAAUAAGAAACCCGGUCAGCCUGCCGAUAAAACCCUCGAUGAAUUUCACAAACAGGUCUAUAAUUCGAUCCUCAAACAUUUCAAUCUCUCGCACCUCCGAAUGGUCAUCAUCGCUGGUCCUGGCAAUACAAAGGACAUUGUGUUUGAAGCAAUUUUCACACAAGCAGUCAAAGCCAACAACCAAGCAAUCAUCACAUCAAAAUCAAAGUUCCAAAGGAUCUAUACCCCGACAAUCCAUCUGCAAUCCCUAAACCAAAUCUUGAGCACCCCUGCAAUAUUGAAUCAGUUGAAAGACACAAAAUACUCGCAAGAAAUCCAGGCAUUGAACAUGUUCCAGAAGACGAUGGCAGAAGAUGUUCGGAGGGCAUUGUAUGGCGAGUGGCAUGUUGAUUGGGCGGCGGAACAAACUGCUAUCAGCACUCUAUUGAUCUCAGAUUCUUUAUUCAGGAACCCAGAUCCGGAAAAACGUAAAAAGUUCAUCAAGCUGACGGAAAGCGUUCAACAAUUUGGGGGCAAAGUUUUGGUUUUUUCGAGCAUGCAUUCUACUGGUUCAAGUUAA